CUAACCUCCAACACGUGUGUUGUCAAAAACACGAAAUUUGAAUCAUUGCUAACCAUGGCGGAGAGCAAAGAAGAGGUGAGCCUAGGGAAAAAGAAGCAAACGAAAGGAAAACCCAACAAGAAGCCCAAAUUUAACAAUAAUAAAAACAACAGAAAAAAAGAUGGAGAUGAUGAAGUUACAGCUCUGCAGGAACAAUAUGAACAGAUAGAUAUUUCCACUGUGAAAAGUUUUGCACAUUUACCAAUAUCAAAGCUCACAUUGAGGGGCCUCAAGGAAUCCAAGUAUACAGUGCCAACAGACAUUCAAAGGAAUACCAUAAAAUUAGCAUUAAAUGGCAAAGAUAUAUUGGGUGCUUCACAGACAGGAUCAGGGAAGACGUUGGCCUUUCUUGUACCUCUCCUGGAAAUUCUGUAUUGCAACAAGUGGUCCAGAUUUGAAGGAGUAGGUGCAAUCAUUAUUACCCCAACAAGAGAAUUGGCUUACCAGAUUUUUGAAACUCUGAGAAACAUUGGACAGUAUCAUGACUUCUCUGCAGGUUUAAUUAUUGGAGGUCAAAAUUUAAGGUUUGAAAGGGGUAGGAUGGAUCAAGUGAAUAUUAUAGUUUGUACCCCAGGCAGGUUACUGCAACACAUGGAUGAGAAUCCUCUUUUUGAUUGCACUCAAAUGAAGGUUUUGGUAUUGGAUGAAGCUGAUAAAUGCUUAGAUAUGGGUUUUGCUGAUACAAUGAAUGCUAUAGUUGCAAAUUUGCCAGAGGAUAGACAAACAAUGCUGUUCUCAGCGACGCAAACGAAAGAUGUUAAACAUUUAGCUAGACUAAGUUUGAAAGAUCCCAGCUAUGUUUCGGUGCACGAGCAUGUUACGCCUAAAGAUCUUAAACAGUCAUACGUUGUAUGCGAACUACACGAUAAAAUGGCCAUGCUGUGGAGCUUCAUCAAGAACCAUCUCAAACAGAAAGUCAUAAUCUUUAUGUCUAGUUGUAAGCAAGUGAAGUACACGUUUGAAAUAUUCUCGAAGCUACGACCCGGUGUAUCACUGAUGGCGUUGUACGGCACUUUGCAUCAGCAGAGAAGGAUGGAUAUCUACAAUUCCUUCUGCACGAAACAAUUUGCUAUUCUUUUCGCCACAGACAUCGCCUCCAGAGGUUUAGACUUUCCAUCUGUUAAUUGGGUGGUGCAAAUGGAUUGCCCUGAAGACACAGAAACCUACAUCCAUCGCGUAGGAAGAACUGCCCGUUUCAAAAGUGGAGGCGAGAGUUUACUACUUUUGAUGCCCAGCGAAUUAGCCAUGGUAGACGCCUUGGAAAAUAAGAAAAUUCCUAUAGAAAAAAUCGAUAUCAAUGCUGAUUUUAUCAAAGACCCUGUCAGAAGGAUGCAAUCUUUCCUGGCUAUGGAUCCCGAGUUAAAAGACACUGCUCAACGAGCGUUCAAAUCGUACGCAAAAGCUGUUAACUUUAUGAAGAACAAAGAUGUGUUUAAAAUACAAGAAUUAGAUACGGAUAAAUACGCAUACUCGUUGGGACUGGCGAAUCCGCCCAGGAUUCGAUUCUUGCAGAGGAUGAAUAAGCAAUCUAAUGCUGGAGCUAGUGUUAAUAAUAAUAGAACUGUCUUUGAUUCUAAUGAUGAAUCGGAUGAUGAACUCCCAAGCAAAGCUCCCGGCAAUCCGCUGUUCUCUGUGGCGGAUGACGAUGAUGAUAUUAUUACUUUGAAGCGGAAGGACCACGACGUCGAACUAGGAGAAGGUGAAGUUCUUGAAGUUAUAGGAAGGCAAUCAUCCAAGAAAGCAAUAAGUAAAGCUAAAGCUGUGAAGAAGCUUAUCAAUAAAAAGAUCGUGGCGAAUUCCAAAAUCACCUUCGACGAUGACGGCGAAGCUAUGACGGAUAACGUCCGCAACAAGAAGCGAUCUGAAGUUGCUUUAGAAUAUGAGAAGAAGCAAGUGUCUGGUAUUGAUAUUGAAGAGGCGAAGGAAAUGCUGCGCGAAGAGGACAGAUUCGAUAAGCAAGUGUUUAGGGAAAAGGUGAAAGCAAAACAUAAGGAAGAAAAGAAGAAACUGAAAGAGCAACGCAAGAAAGAUAAGGAGGACGAGGACGAGGGUGAAAAGGAUGAUUUCGGAUCUGACGAGGAAUCCGAGUACGAACCAGAUUUAUCCUGGCUUCCUGAUCCUGACAAAGUUUACGGACAGAAGGAUGAUGGCGAUAGCGACGAAUUCUAUGAAGGAAAACGCGGAGAUGAUGAUGAUGAUAAUGAUGAUGAUCACGAAGAAGAGGUUGAGGAAGAAAAACCACAAAAAAAAUCGAAGAAGCGAAAACUGUUGGAGCCGGAUUCCAAACCGAAAAAGAAGAAGAAUAAGUUGGCUGAUAUUGGUGCUAAUUUGGACGUCAAUGAAGCGGAAGAAUUAGCUAUGAUGUUGUUAUCGAAGUAGUCUUAGAAUAAAUUGAUUUUUUUUU